AUGCCUGGACGAGGAAUAUUCUCUCCCCGCGCUGUCAGCCCUAGUUUACGUCCCGGAUGUUUUUUCCUUCACAACGUCCAUCAUCUGUACGAGUUCAAAGAGCGUCUAGCUGCAGGUCUUUGUCAAAAGCCCAGUUGGAUAUCUUUUAUGUUGGGGAUUCUUGGCUCUUUCCCAACUCUCUCUCUCUCUCUCUCUUUCUCUCUUGCAGGCCCUCAUCACAUCUUCCCGAAUUUCCAUUCUCCGAUCCCCGUCGACGUGCGUCACCACGAGGGGAGAUACCACUACGAGCCCCAUGCGCUCCACGCUCUACACGGCGCUGCAGGUUUGGGGGGCAGCCCGGUGAUCUCGGACAUCUCUCUGAUCCGUCUGUCUCCGGGAUCGGAGUCCAGCUUCCUCCCGCCGCACUCGUACGUCUCUCCGCACGUGGAGCAUUACCUUCGCUCGGCUCACAGCAGCCCAUCGCUCUCCAUGAUCUCAGCCGCACGAGGACUGAGUCCAGCUGACG